AAAAAGCAGCAUUGAAAUGAGGAGAGUCGCUGACAUUCAGACAGACAAUGGUGGGCUGGAAACAUGAAAUGCUUUUACUUACUGCACACCAACGUGAUUACAUAAAUAUAAAAUGCCCAAAAAAAAACAAAAGAAGGAAGAUUGAUUGAUCGAUUAAUUCCGCAUCAGACGGUAGCACUAACAGCAGCUGCCAUUAUUAAAGAAUUGAGUAAAUUCAGUUGCUGCUGCUGCUGCUGGAUGAUUGUUUGAGAGAGAUGAGUGGAAGAUCAGUGAGGUGUGCGUUGGUGAUUCUUGCUGUGAUUUCAUCGCUCUGCCUCUGUGGGCCGCUUCUGUAUUUUAAGGUGAAGAAGGGUUUCAAGUCCAAGGAGGUUUCAGCUUCUUGUGCUCCAUGCAUUUGCCAUUGCUCCCCUCCUCAAUCGCUCUCACACAUUGCUCCUGGCUUGGCUCAUCUCACUGUUAAAGAUUGUGGAAAACAUGAUCCUGAUCUCAAGGAAGAGAUGGAGAAGCAUUAUGUGGACUUAUUAUCCGAAGAGCUGAGAUUGCACGACGCUGUCGGUAAAGAACAGUCCCAACACAUGAACAUCACUUUGAGGGAAGCGAGAAGGUCGGCUUCUGAAUAUCGCAAGGAAGCUGAGAAAUGCAACGUCGCCACAGAAACCUGUGAGGGAGCCCGGGAACGAGCUGCGUUGCUGCUUACUCGGGAGAAGAAGAUAACAGCGUUGUGGGAACGAAGAGCUAAACUUCUUGGUUGGGAGUAACUGUAACCAGCAAAUUUGUAGUAAUAAUUCUCUAUAAUGAAAAUUUUAGGUACCAUACAAUUUUAAUUUUGCAGAAAUCUCUCCACAAAAAAAAUUCUGAACGCAUUUGGCCAAUGCUGAAACUUUUAUUCAUAAAUUCUAAACUCAAGAAAAUCGAAGUUUCUCAA